CCGGAGGAUUCACGGAGAUCCGGGUCACUGGAGAUAUCGUAUUUUUUUUAUUGUGUUAAUGGUUUGCAAAGAUUCGAAUCCUCAACUCGGUCGAUACAGGAACAGUAACGCUCAAAUAACAAGUCUCGUUUUUGAGCUCGCUGUUAGCUUUGUUGUGCUACCUGCUUUAGCCUCUGUACACAUUGUACAGUGGAGUUUCUUUGUUUGUUUUUCAAACCAGGAUUUGUCUUUUUUUAAAUGGCGCCGAUUCUUCGCAUAUCGUUCACGGUUCUCCGCUAUUAACUACCGAUACUUCCACGUCAACAACACUGAAUUAUAACCCACUUCGAGUCCUAAUAUGAAAAUACUCUUUCUGGCGUGUCUCAGUCCUAAGACUGGGAACAACACCACGGCUGAGAGGAUCAGGUCCUACGUCGAAGCAGCGGGACACACGUGUGAGCUCAGAGACGCGGCAGAGUUCGGCUCUCCCGCCGAGGUGGCCGCUCUGGUGUCCCGGCGUCCUCCGUUCGACGGAGCUCUGGCCAUUCAUCUGUACAAGGCUGGGAGACUGUUGCUGGGUAAAAAAACAACAACAACACCACAGACACACACACACCGGUGUCCUGUGUCUGUGGUUCAGAAGGUUCACGUCUGUCUGAAAAGACACCGGUUUGACAAUGGACUGAACAGAAAAGCCACUCUGUGUUAUGGUCUGUCUGUCUUCUCUCCAGGCGUCGUCUCUGACCGUGUGGACCAGCUGCAGGUCUUCCUGUUGGUCUGUGGUCUCAGGAGAGUCAAGGACCCCCUGUACCUGGUACAGGCGUUCUCAGAAUGGCACCGUGAGAACCCUCUGAAUGUCCUCAUCAUCAUUGGACCAAAGAUUGAUCCGGUGUUUUCAGCCCAGGUGGAGACCGUCGUUCACAGGACAGCGGGAGUCUUCCUGACCAAUGAGAGGAGUCAGGAGGAGCUCCAUGCCUCCAUGAGGAGGUGCUGUGCCCUGGUGAACAGCUCUGUGUCGGAGGGCAUGUCAGCAGCCGUCCUGGAGGCCAUGGAUCUCGGGGUUCCUGUUUUGGUCAGAGACGUUCCAGGAAACGCAGCCCUGGUCCGACAUGAGUUCAACGGUUUACUGUUCUCGUCUCCUCAGGACUUUGUUGUCCAGUCUCGGAGACUGGUGUCGGACCAGGAGCUGAGACACAGACUGGUCCUCAACGGUAGGACGUACGGGGAGGACCAUCACAGCCUGGACCAGGAGCGGGAGACGUACCAGCGGCUGGUCGACCUCCUGCGGUGACGUCACCGCCCUCGGCUCAGCCGCCGUUCU